AUGUAUGUGAAAUGGUUUGAUACAGUAAUGUUAAACUAUGUGAUUUUAGUGAAUGUCACUUUUUGUCAUUUUCAAAUUUCCCGCCGUUCUAACCCCAUAUGUCCCGACGCUCGCAGAGAACGGAACCCAAUGACAGAUGCCGGCAUCCGCCGGAUUACAUUGCCGGGGACACUGCAGGAGGGACAUCGUGGGAGUGCAGGACAAGGUAAGUGAUUGAGGGAUCCCGGAGCAGCUCCGCAUGGUAUUCCCGAGUGUAGCUCAGGGUUACCGCUUAUGCUACACUCGGGAAUACCGCCAGGGAGGUUAACCUCA